AGAGGCAUCAAACAGCCAUACAGAGGAGGACAUGGUGAUACUAUGUAAUCUGGCAGAGCUUAAUGCAUCAGACAAUUAGAACGGGAUCCUUCUGACUCAGUCCUACAGGCAGAUAAUAUGAUGAGACAAAAGCCAGCAUUUAUCCUGACUGUACAGCACUGUGGUUCUUCUGAGCAGGUCUGUUAGCCAUGCAAGCCAGAGCCAGACGCUCAGUUAGAAAGAAGCUCCGUGCCUGUAAACGCCACAUCAACUCAGCGCAGAUGGAGAACUCUUCCAGUGAACUUAUUUUUGUGCUGAGUGGCUUGAAUGAGACUAAAACAAAGAGACAGAUAUUUUUUGGCAUUUCCAUUGUUGCCUAUGUUUUCACCAUUUUUGUGAAUUUAACUCUGAUUUUGACCAUAUUGUUGGAGAAGAUUCUCCAUGAACCCAUGUUCAUCUUCCUGUGUAAUCUGUGUGUAAACAGCAUUUGUGGCUCUACAAGUUUCUAUCCAAAGCUACUGAUUGACCUUCUGUCAGACUCUCAUGUGAUCUCAUACACUGCAUGUAUAAUUCAAAUAUUUGUAAUUUGCACGUAUCUCUUCUGUGAAAGUACCAAUUUAUCAGUAAUGGCUUAUGACAGGUAUGUUGCAAUAUGCAAACCGUUGGAGUAUCACUCUAUUAUGACGCCUCGGAGAGUAGGAAUGUUAGUGCAAAUAACGUGGAUCUUAACUUUCAUUGAGACAAUUGUAGGUAUUGUGCUUAUAGUCCGGCUGCCCUUGUGUGGAUCCAAAAUUGAUAAGCUUUAUUGUUUUGAGUUUUAUGUGGUGAAGCUGUCAUGUAUAGAUACCACCUUAUACAAUUUAUAUGCCUUCUUAAUCUUGCUUUUUCAUACAUUUCAAGAUGUGCUAAUAAUCAUCUCCUAUGUCUUAAUCAUCAGGAAAUGUGUUCAGUCUCAGGCAGAGCGUAAUAAGUUCAUGGAGACCUGCCUGCCUCAUCUUAUUACACUGUGCAUCUUGGCCAUUUCUGUGUCUUUUGAUGUUGUAUCAGCACGUUUCAGCUUAGAUGCCUCCCUGCAGUCUCUCAGAAACAGCUUUUCUGUAAUGUACCUCAUUGUUCCUCCAAUCUUGAACCCUCUCAUUUAUGGUCUGAAACUGAAGCAGCUUCGUAGGAUUGUGUGGAGAAGGUUCAACAGCAGAAUUACUGCACUGAAAUAACGAAGGGUGGAAUGGAGGUUCAGGGGGGGUCACACACUCGACUCACACUUCCAUGACUGGGGAUUAGAAUCUC